GUGACCAACCUGCAGCGACCGGUGACCAGCCUCGUGUCGCCGCCGGUUCAAUGGUUGACCCGCACAUCUCGAUGACGGUCGUCUCGCCUGCGUUCUUAUAAGCCACUGUUCUACCGUGUACGACACCACCUUCUUGCCCCGCGUGAAUCGCCAUCGAGACUCGCGAGGAUACCAUUUUUUUAUUUUAAGAUCGGUUUCCAAAAAAACCUAAAAAAAAAACCAUGCUUCUGACCGCGGACCCGCGUGUCGAUUGUCGCUCGCAUCGUUAUUGCCGACGUCGCCGACGUUUUCACUAAGUUACCUACGGUAGAAACACCUUUUUUUCUUCUUCUUCUAAACACCCAUUAGCAGAAGACACGGUGUCCACGACAAAUCUAAAACAAUGUACGGGCUACUGUUAGAAAACUUGUCGGAAUAUAUAAAAAAAAUCUAUGGCGAAGAUAGAUGGGAAGAAAUCAGGCGGAUGGCCAACGUCGAGCAACCCAGUUUCAGCGUACAUCAAGUGUACUGUGAGACUCUUAUACCUAGGCUGGCCAAAAAAUCACAAGAAGUAUUGGGCAUAACUGAAAAAGAGUUUUUCGAACAAAUGGGAGUACACUUUGUGAGUUUCGUCGGUCAAUACGGAUACGACCGAGUGUUGUCGGUUUUGGGAAGACACAUGCGAGACUUUUUAAAUGGGUUGGACAACCUGCACGAGUACCUAAAGUUUUCUUACCCGAGAAUGCAAGCACCUUCGUUCAUAUGCGAAAACGAAUCCAGACAAGGUCUUACAUUGCACUACCGGAGUAAACGACGGGGGUUCGUUUACUACACGAUGGGUCAAAUCAAAGAAGUGGCUAGACAUUUUUACCACAAGGAAAUGCGAAUUGAACUUGUCCGAGAAGAAAUUUUAAUGGAUACUGUGCAUGUGACGUUUCAAUUGAAAUUCGACAACAGAGCGUUUACUUUAGCAUCGAUGACAAUGACAAGAGAAGAAAAACACUUACCAAUAAGCGCCUCUGUGCUGUUCGAAAUUUUUCCAUUUUGCAUUGUGUUCAGUUCAAACAUGAUCGUCCAGAGCAUUGGAAACUCGUUAAUGGUCAUUCUUCCAGAUUUGGUGGGGAAAAGAAUAACCAACUGGUUCGAUUUGGUCAGGCCUUUGAUAGCUUUUAAGUUUGAAAUGAUUUUGAAUCGCACCAAUAAUAUAUUCGAGCUAGUCACCGUCCAAGCGGUGCUGUCCAACAGACCUUCGGAGAGGCAUGUGAUACUCAGCGAUGAGUCUUACUUUUCGCCGGAGGAAAACAAACUUCGACUUAAAGGGCAAAUGAUAUACAUGGACAAUUGGCAAAUGAUGAUGUACUUGGGUACACCCGUGAUGCCAGAUCUCAAUGCGCUGGUGACAACUGGUCUAUACAUAAAUGAUCUCUCCAUGCACGAUUUUAGCAGGGACCUGAUGUUGGCAGGAACGCAGCAAUCGGUCGAAUUGAAAUUAGCACUCGAUCAGGAGCAGUUGAAGUCGAAGAAACUCGAGGAGUCCAUGAGAAAAUUGGACGAGGAAAUGAAACGUACCGAUGAACUAUUGUACCAAAUGAUACCCAAGCAAGUGGCGGACCGUCUACGGUCUGGAGAAAACCCGAUAGACACGUGUCAGAUGUUCGACAGCGUUUCUAUACUAUUUUCGGACAUAGUGACCUUUACGGAAAUUUGUAGUAGGAUCACGCCAAUGGAAGUAGUGUCAAUGCUAAACGCCAUGUAUUCCAUAUUUGACACGCUUACCGAACGGAAUAAAGUGUACAAGGUCGAAACCAUUGGGGACGCGUACAUGGUGGUUUCGGGUGCACCGAUGACUGAAGAUAAUCACGCGGAGAAAGUUUGCGACAUGGCGUUAGACAUGGUCGAUGCCAUUACGGACCUCAAGGACCCGUCAACUGGAUCUCAUUUGCAAAUCCGCGUGGGAGUGCAUUCUGGAGCUGUAGUCGCUGGCAUUGUGGGUUUGAAAAUGCCGAGGUAUUGUUUGUUUGGAGAUUCAGUGAAUACGGCUUCCAGGAUGGAAUCCACCAGCGAAGCCAUGAAAAUACAUAUUUCGCAGACAACCCGAGAUUUGAUAUCGGCUUCUUACACAGUUAAAGAACGGGGUGAGAUUUACGUCAAAGGAAAAGGUGCCAUGAAAACGUAUUGGCUUGAGCACAGAGAGAGAAGGCCACCUCUGAGCCGAGUUCUACCACUAGCCAACACGGACUUGCCGGAAUUAGAAUGGGAGAGAAGUGCAGACGCGGUUUUCGACAUCGUUGAACGAAACAACGAUAAUAUUAUAAAUAUGCAAGCAGCGGAGGAAAGAGCUAGAACAUACUCCCCGGUAACUUUCCAAGAAGUAGCCAGGCAUUCCAUAUCACGGUCACCGGUCACCGAGUAUUAUAGAGAGUCUAGAUCGAAUUCGAUUAGCUGCACGCCAAUAGUGUCGCAAAAGGAAUUGCAGCGGUUAUCGUUGUUGAACAGGAGCUCGUCGCCUCUAUCGAGGUUCACGAGGAAAACGGAGCAUCCACAGACUGGCGACCUAUCUUUGGCAGCAGUGCAGAGAUACAGGUACACGAGAAACAGAGGGGGGAGCAUAGAUUCGCAGACAACACCGCAUUCGUCGCCGGAAACGCACAAGGAAAUAGCUGAACGUUGGAUUGGCAUAACCACGGUGGAGGAAACGCAAACCGAACCGCAAACGAUCACUCAGUCGGUGGCUUCCAAGCCCAACCCCGUCUUGGUUCACGUGGCCGACUACGUGUCUUCCGAUUGUUGCAUCGACAGUUUCGACUCGGACGACCAACAGCUAGACAUGACAGCCACGGAAACGUCUUACAACGUCGAGGAUCUGUCACUGUCGCCAUCGCCAGUUCAGGUGUCUUUCGAGUUGCCGGACAAAAAAUCGCCGACGGUUGUUAAGUCCGCUGCAGAAACGGCCCCAGCGGCGGCACAGAUGACCGCGUCCAAGUCGGACGGAGAGAUAGGCGAGAGACGCGACAUAGAAACCGCGACGAGCACCACCAGCUUAAACCGGAAAACCCAAUGUUGUAUGAGCUUCAACAAGGGACAUUCGAAGUCAUCGUCCAAAAAAAGAUCGUUAUCACACUCUUGCCGUCUAGUGUGAUCACCUGAUCCGACGGUAAUCUAAUAAUUGUAGGCAAAUAAUAUAAUAAUAUAUUCUAUUCGAGUCCGUAUACACGAUAAUAAUAAUCUUACUAUUCCUAGUCAACUAAUUAACCGAAAACAAUAAACGCGUUACGGUUCAAAUUUUACUUAUUGAUUCGGUUAAUUCACACCGUCGUUACUUAUAAGUAUAAAUUAUUAUGCAUAAUAUGUAUUUUGUUUUCCUAUGUGUGUGCAUAUUACUUGUUCGCGAUUCGAGUAUUAAUGUAUUACGUUUAAGUUGGCUAUUACAUAUUAUUAUUGUUAAUUAUAUUAGUGUCCUAACGUAGAUUUACAAUAUACAAUGACAUUUCAAUAACGCGCACCCUUUUUUCUAUGUAUUAAUCGACGAAUCCCUACGACCCUAAAGCCAUAUCGAUUCGCCUUGUAUUCUCAAAAUUAAACAUUUAUGUGUUAUAAAAUUAAGAUUAUUGACAUUUUUAUUUCACCUUAAAAUAAACCUCAAUAAC